AUGGCUAGCAGCAUCCCAGUCUGGGAGGUCAAGGAGCCGUAUCUUGACCUCCACUGCCAGCUCGGCGAGGGUCCCUUUUACGAAGCGGAGACACACAGCCUACGCUUCGUCGACAUCAUCCAACACCGCAUUCAUACCGUCGACUUAGCUGCGGGGCCGUCGUCGCUGCACACUCUCCAGCUAGACGUGCCAGUCUCGGUGACGGCCGACAUUGAGGAUGUCGACCCGCGCGAAAAGAUCCUGGUCGGCCUCAAGUACGGCCUGGCCGUUCUCGACCGCAAGACGGGCAAAUACGAGUACCUGCACCGCUUCAGCGAAAGCGCCGAGCUCAGCAAGAGCAAGGCACCCGUCGAUUUUGAGCGCAUCCGUGGCAACGACGGCGCAGCCGACCCGAGCGGACGAUUCUGGCUCGGUUCCAUGACCGACUUUAACCUGGGCGAAUUCCAGCCCGAGGGCGGCCUGUUUCGCAUCGAGGCGGGUGCCAAGUCGGGCACGUUGAUCCGCCCCGACUUGACUAUCCCCAAUGCUCUUGGCUUCUCACCAGACAACCGCACCCUGUACUUUACCCACACGCCCGACCAGGCCGUCUAUGCCUUUGACUACAACCCGGACAGCGGCGACGUCUCUAACGAGCGCGUGGUCUACAAACACAACGGGCCCGGCUCGCCUGACGGGUUCCGCGUCGACGUCGAGGGCAACAUCUGGCACGCCUUUUACGGAUCGGGCCAAGUGCUCAAGAUCUCGCCCAAGGACGGCAGCGUCAUUGGCGAGAUCCGCCUGCCCACAAACAACAUCACCUGCACGCAAUUUGUUGGCACCGAGCUGUACAUUACGACAGCCGCGGACGAAGAUGCCGAGGGCGGCGAGACGAGCAAGAAGUAUGGCGGUGGCCUGUUCCGUGUGGAUGUGGGCGUCGAGGGCCUGCCGCUCUUCAAGUUCAAGCUCAACGCAUGA